AUACUUUUUUUCCAAUUUCCACCAUGGAAUAUACCUACAAAAAAGAACGACGAAAUUUCGGACAGGCCGUUAAUUUCAGCAACAAAGAUGAGGUCCUCUUUUCGGAAAACUCGAAUCGUGAAUAUUCCAAAGCCUACAUCCUUAAAAAUCCCAUUGAUCGAGAGACACAAUAUGCCAAUCAAAUGUCCUUGAGUGUGGCGAACACCGACAGGGCCACAUACAAGCACACUGGUAUUACCCAUAACGAAGGUGGCUGGCCCAAGGACAUAAAUAUGCAUGACCCUGAACAGACAGUGCGAUAUAAACGUAAAAUCGAGAAAGAUGAAAAUUAUAUAACGCAAGUUAUGAAUUUGACUCGACCCAUGGAACAGUAUAUAUUUCAAAAUAAUGCGGUGAAUAUUUAUGAGAAUUAUUUUGAUGAUUUGGAACCAGCACCGCUGCCGGAGCCAUGUCGUUCACGUACCGUCAAUGUGUAUCGUGAUCCAAAUCCUAUAAAGGUUCCCGUUACACAUCUGAGUUGGUCUCCGGAUGGUGGUAUAAAAAUGGCUGUCAGUCAUUGUGAUAUGAAAUUUCAGGGUGAUAAGACGGGACAGAAAUGUAAUUCCUACAUAUGGGAAAUUGAAAAUCCCAAUGAACCGUAUUUAACGCUGGAACCGAAGGUGCCAUGCGUUUGUUUGGAAUACAAUCAAAAGGAUCCAACAAGUUUGGUUAGUGGUAUGUACAAUGGCCAAGUGGCGGCCUGGGAUACACGCCACGGCAAAUAUCCCGUUAUGAUAAGUGAACGUGAAAUAUGUCAUCGUGAUCCUGUCAAUUCGGUUUUAUGGAAUAAUUCAAAAAGUGGUACCGAAUUCUUUUCUGGUGGUUCUGAUGGCCAAGUUUUAUGGUGGGACACAAGAAAAUUAAGUGAACCAUUGGAUCGUUUGUUAAUGGAUCCAGUUAAAAGUGAUGAACAGGAUUUGUCUAGGUCAUAUGGAGUAUCUGUUUUGGAAUAUGAAACUACAAUACCAACACGUUUUAUGGCUGGCACUGAAAUGGGCAUGUUGUUCGGUUGCAAUCGUAAAGGAAAGACGCCGAUUGAGAAAAUUCAACUGAGGAUGAUGUGUCAUUUGGGACCAGUUUAUGCCAUUAUGCGUAAUCCAGCCUUCGUGAAGAAUUUCCUAACGGUGGGAGAUUGGUGUGCUCGGAUCUGGUCUGAAGAUUGUCGUGAAAGCUCAAUUAUCUGGACAAAAAGUAGUAAUGCAAUGUUGACGGAUGGGGCAUGGAGCUACACAAAGGUCUCACAAUUUUUCAUAACACGCAUGGAUGGUGUAUUGGAUACAUGGGAUUUGUUGCAGCAGCAAAAUGAACCGGUGUUGACGGCAAAGGUGUGCGAUGAACCACUGUACUGUGUACGCACCAAUGAGAAUGGCAAAUUUGUUAGCUGUGGCAGUAAAUUGGGUGCAACAUUUCUAAUUGAAGUAUCGGAAAAUAUGGUGGCAUCGAAUAAAAAUGAUAAACCUUUGCUGACAGCGAUGUUUGAACGAGAAAAUCGUCGUGAGAAAAUCCUUGAAGCCAAAUCACGUGAAAUUAAAUUGAAAGUGAAAACUAAUUUGGGUCAAGAUCAAGGUGAUUUGACAAUGUUGAAUGGCAAAGUAAAUGUGGCACCCUUUCAGUCGGUAUGCGAACAGGCGGAGGCGGAAUAUUUUGCGGCUGUCGAACAGGAACGUUUGAGGAGAAUACCGGGCAACAAGCAGGACAUGGACGAUGCUGAGGUCUCGGAUGCUGAAAGUGCAGUAAAAAAUUAA